AUUUUUUCAAGUCUCUUGUUUUGUAUUUUUUAAACCAUCAUAGAAAUCAAACCAGAUCUAUAAAGUUGAAGACUUUGUGAGAGAACUUACUGUCGUAAGGUGCGGAGAACAAAUCCAUGGUUUGUUUUUUUACUACCAAAGGUUGAAACUUUAGGGUUUUUCUUUAGGAUGAACGACGACGACGUCCCUCUCUCUUUUAUAGCAACUUUAACAUGAUGAACCCCUUAAUCUUGUGACAUUUGUCGAGCAUCAGUACGUUUCGAGUGAACCGACUCUCCCCAAGUCUGUUUUGUCGUCUUCCAUCAAAACUUACAUUACUACAUUGUUUGCUUUUAGGAAGCUGCUACACUAUUUUCUCUCAAGCUUUUCGCUUUGCUCUUAUCUUCUUCUUUCUGUGGAAGGGCUUUGAUUGUUGAAUCUAUUUGGGCCUACCUUGGAACUUGGCCGACUUCUCUUUAGAUAGCAAAGUAGAUCUACUUCAACUUUAAUUGUAUGCUUAAGAAUCAUCUCAACCUAAUUAAUCAUAUAUACUAAGUAAGCCCAAAUGUAGUUAUAUGACGACGAUGGACCGUCCAUUUUUAGUGGCUGAUACAUGUAUAUUGUAAAAUGGUUAUGAGAGCUAUUGAAGUGAAUGUAAAUUGUACUUCUUGACUAGACAAUUGGGGUGAUUUUGCAACUCUUAGAAGUGAAACCGCUCUAUCGAUCUUAAAUUUUAAGUAAUGAUUUGGAAUAUAAACCGGUUUAAACUAAGAAUUUGAAGUAAAGCAAACCGAAACUUAAACCUUUACACAGAACAUCUGUAAGAAAACGACAUCACAUCUCUCCACCGUUGCUUUGCGUCACAGUUGCAGACUAAAGAGUGAAUCAUCAAAUGUGUAUCAUGUAUAUACAUUACAUGAUUUAUAUAUUCUCUCAGGUGUAAUUUGAUCGACUAGUACUACAAAUUUUCCCACGAACUACUAUUAAUUAUUUUGAUAAGGCAACAACCUCUGUUGGCCAGGCCACGUUAUCAAAAUUUAGGAUUUUGUAAACCAGUACAACCAGUUGCUCAAAAAAAGUAAACCAAUACAACCAGAAGAGAAAAAAGUCUUGACCCACAUUUGACAAUAUAUGCUACAAAGUACAAAUAAAGAACCAUUAUAAUAAGAAAAGAACAAAACUUUUGCUGAAUUACUCAUCAUUAUAAAAAUAUUUGCGGAGAAAUGUAUAUCAAAGAGUACAAUAGAAUCCCACUAAACUAUACCUACGAAAUAUUUAUUAUCCCACUAAACUCAAUGUGCCGUCACGGUUGAAUCAUUCUCUCUAUCAAUCACUCUACAUAGAAUUGUUUGUCAUGAUGCAUUGACUUCGGAGUUGCAUUGUUUCUCUCUAUUACAACGUCUUCUCUCCAAAACAUGCUAGCGCAGCGACGCAGCGUUUUACGUCACCAUAAAUCCAAUAAAAUUACAAAUAUUCACAUGCGAAAGAACACUUCACAGCACAACAUCUCCAAAUUAUUUAUAUAAAGCAACAAUUUCGUCAACGACCCCGCGCUUAGGCUAGGGAUACACACCUAGUUAUAAGAAUAAUGCAGUCAGAGUUGUAGUCAGGUGCUAACUCGUGAUGACAUGUACACAUACGCGAGAAACAAAAUUCUAAAGCAUACAAUUAGAACUGUUAGUCAAAUUUAUAUAGAUAGCUAGGGCACAUUCGGCAACGGAGCAUUAUGUAUAUAUAUAGGCUGAGAGACAGUCGUUGUGGUUCAGAAACGAAACAUGCCCAUAACUCCCACUACAUUUUCAGAGUUUUUGCCAUUUGCAUCAGGAGUUGUAGUGGAUUCGAUCUACGGAUGCUAAAGUUAUUCACAGCCUCGUUAUUUAACAUGAACGUGGAAUAUUAGUGAUAGUUGUUGGCUCGCUGCACUUCUCAUCAUAUGAUUAUAUAUGACGAUUUUGCUAUUUAGUUUGUUUAUUUUCCUGACUGGUUCGCAUUUUACAAGGAUCGAAAAUAGGUUGAAUUGACUUCAUUUAACAAAAAAAAAGAAGCUAUGAUUAAGUGUUCUUCCCUCAAAGUAACGGAUUUUCCAUUAAAGCAUAAUAUGACAGAAAAAUGGAGAUGCGGGGUAUCGAUCCCCGUACCUCUCGCAUGCUAAGCGAGCGCUCUACCAUCUGAGCUACAUCCCCAAUUGUUCAUAAGUUACAGUUUAAUCAAUAUAUAAAGUCCUAACACAUUUUUUGGCUUCAUUAUAAACAUAAGAAUGAUGCUUCCAUCAUAGUAGAAAUUUUUUGGUGUGAGUUCCUCCAUAGUAGAAAUCGAAGAUGAAAAACCCCAGCGGCAGCGGGUGAGAGUAUUGAAGUUAGGAGAUGGACUUUUCUGGAUUUGGAAGGUAGAGUGAAAGGAGGUAUUAUUGAGUGAAAUAUUUAAUGUGGAUAACUUUCUAAACUUUGUUAACUUUAGGGUUAAUGUUGCAAUUAAAAGAAACUUGCCGCGUUUGCGGUACUAUUAUUAUAGAGAUCCAUCGAGACGGUGCAAAACGGCGUUUUAGGAUUUAACUUGGUCGCGACAAAGAAGAUCGGAGGAGGAGGGAGAUCAGCGUAGAACUAACAAAAUCUUGUGAAGAGAGAAAAGAUGGAAGGAGAAGAAGAAGUGAGCAUCAAAGAGUUGGCUUCGAACCUCACUACCUACAAAGAGCAGCUCCAACAGGUGAGGCAGCUUUUGUCUGAAGACCCUAGAAACUCUGAAUAUGCAGACAUGGAAAAGGAGCUUAAAGAGGUGAUUCAUCCUUACUUUCAGAAUCACUGUUUGAUCAAAUCUUUUGUUGUCCAUCUCAUUUUGCUUGUCUCCCUUUAGUCAUUGAUCUCUAUGUCUCCACUAAAUUAGGUUACGUGAACAUAUAUGUUUUGUAUAUCAUGCCCUUUAUGUCUGUCUCCCUUCCCUCCUUCUUUGAAGGAUUCAGCAUGUUGCUCGAAAUAGUAACAUCAUUUAACAGCUAGCGGAUUCAGUGGAGUUAUGUUUCAGUUUCUUGGAUCUGAAAGGUGAGUAUAUUUUUUGAGUGCCAUGUAACUCCACUAGUGGAGUUUGGUUCAGCCAAAAGCAGUUGAAUGUAGGAGAAUUAGCGAGGAAUUCAUCAGUUCUAUAUUGGUUAUUGUGCAGGUGUGCUAGUAUGGGUCAUCAUGAUGGCCAAGCCUGCGUCUGUCUAUCUCCUCAUGUCUGAAGUGAUUGCAUUGACAGAGGAACUUCUUGCAACCGCAAAGCAAAAUGAGAUUUCUCUAUCGGAUGCUGGAGCAACUUCUGAUUCACCCAACAAUUUACUAGAGGGUGCUUGGAGACAAAUGGAAUCAAGGAAUGACCCAAUACAUGAGGGCAAGUUCCCUAUUGGAACAAAAGUUCAAGCUGUCUUCAGCGAAGAUGGCGAGUGGUAUGAGGCGACCGUUGAGGCGCAUACUCUAAAUGGGUAUUAUGUUUCCUACAAUGAGUGGGGUAACAAGGAAGAGGUUGAUCCAGAUAAUGUGAGGGCAAUAGAGAACAAUGCUCUCUUGGAAGCUGAAAGACUUGCUGAAGCUACCAAGAAUGCACUCAAAAGAAAGAUUGAGCAAGCUGCGAGUUCUGAUUACCAAUCCAAAACUCUACCUGCUAAGCUUAAAAUCGAUCCUAAUGAUCCCGAGGAUGUGAAAAUUGCAAAGCGGAAGAAGAUACAUGCGUUCAAGUCAAAGGCGAGGCAGGAGCAAUUAGAGGUGGCACAGAACAAGAAACAGAAUGCUUGGCAGCAGUUUCAGACAACUAAAGCCAAAACUAAAAAGGUAGGGUUCUAUACAGGGAGGAAGAAAGAGAGUAUAUUCAAAUCCCCAGAGGAUCCGUUUGGGAAAGUGGGUGUGAUUGGAAGUGGUAAAGGUUUGACAGAUUUUCAGAAGCGAGAGAAGCAUCUUCAUCUUAAGUCUGGUAAUGCUGAGGGCACUGAUGAGUAAGAGAGAAUUUUAUGUUUUCCAAGGAUUUUCAGGUACUUACUUAGUAACAAUGUCUCUUUAUUUGAAAGUAAUGUAAUCUUCGAUGUUCCAUUCCAUGGUUAAUACGAUAAAAUUAGUGUUGGUGUUGGACUAUUUGCUGUUCUGGCAAUUUAGCCAUGCUCAUUUACAUGCUACUUGCAACUCUGCCCAUCGCAAGUCAUUAGUAUUUAAAAUUUAUGUGAUUAACAAACGAGAUUUAGUCUAUGAUAGAUAAUACUUUCACCAUGUCCAAGCUCUGAGAAUCUAAGUAGUAAGUUGUACACUCAUAUUGUAACAAACGAGAUUUAGUCUAUGAAAACACAAUACUUCUGGCAGCCAUUGAAAAGCCAAAUAAAUCAAGGCUAUUAAAUCUCAUAUUGUCACAAAAUUUAAAAUUUUAGAAGAAAUGUGAGUAAUGUCCAAGGAUUUUCAGACUAGUAAUAACAUGCCAAAGUUGCAUCUCUUUAUUUGAAAGUAAUGUGAUCCUCGAUGUUUCUUUCCAUGUCGCUGACACUUGGAACUAGUCGAUAAUCGCAAUGCGCUACUGAUCGCACACUAGUCAUAUUGGUAAAAAGUUUAUUUGAAUUAAAGUUUUAUUUUUUUGAACAAACUAUGUUUUAUAGCGGGCUGCAUGCUAUUAGAGACUUAGCCUAUGAUCAGUGUUUUUAAAACGGACACGGUGGUUAGACGAGACGGUCACAUAGCCGGCUAUAUUGGAUCUAAGUUAAAGAACCAAAUGAAAACUAUUAAAAUUAUCAGAAAAAUUGAAACCGAUGGAAGAAAUUAGUUAAUAUUUCUAUUGUUUUAUAUUUACUAUAAUUAUUUUCAAAUUAAUACAUGUAUAUAUAUAUAUAUAUAUAUAUAAUUUGAGAUUCAAACUAUAUUAAACUGUGAUCUAACAAUUAUCCGAUUUAGUUUCCAGUCGAAUAUUAAAAACAUUUUCUAUAAUUAGAGAUGUUGUGAUGGGUAAGAUAAUUUUAUCUGACCGAAAUAGAGAUGAACCCGUUAAAAAAACUAAAUAAAAAGACACGAAAAAACCGUGUAAAAAUAAAAUAAUAUAAACAAAACUCUAUAAGUUUAGGAUAAUCCACAAGUAGAUUUUUUUUGUAUAUUUUAAAUGCAUUUUUUAACUAAAUUUAUUUAUAAAUUUGCUGAAUGUUUAAUUUUAAAUCAAGUUUCCUUUACAUAAUUUUUUUUAAUUUUAAUGUGCUUGGUCCUUUAAAUUUGUGGUGCCAUUAAUUAAUUAUUAUUCAAAAAUGCUCAUGAUGUCUUCUCUAAUUUAUAGAAACCGAAGAUACAACUUAUGUUUAAUUCAACUUAUGCAUGAUUCAACAACUAAUUCAAAAAUCAAAAUCAUCAACCUUAACGACAACAACAUAUACAAUCUAAAAAGACAGUGGAACUGUCUGAUAAAAAGUCAUAAAGAUUCAAAUACCACCAGUCAGAAAUUUGUAUUGUACUACUUAAUUUGUUGAGUGUUUGUAAUCAAUCUAACCACAAAGUUGAGGCCUGACUUCACAAAGUUGAGGCCUGACUUGUUUAUGAUGAACUUAAAAUUUGGAACAUCGUUUUUCACUCUUACUCCAUCUCUCUUGACCUUCUUCAUAUUUGACAUCGUCAUGAGUUUAACACAUGAUAACAAUUUACAGACAAAUUAUAUUCAAAUUCUUCAAAACAACAAAAUCAUAAACUUAUAUUCUAGAAUUACUUGUUGUGGUCGUUGUAUCCUUGUUUUCAUAAAAAUAUUCUUCAAUGAUACCUAAAAUAUAAUAUGUAGAUAUAUAAAAGUUCAUAUAUGAAAUAAAAAACACAAUAUCAAAACUAAAAAUUUACCUUUAAAUUUGGUAAACUUUUUAACCAAUUUCGAAUACAAAGCACUGACUGGACAUUUUUUGGACAUUUUUUUGGAAGGAGUACGUAAUUUAGAUCAUCUUCUAUGACAAUUUAGUAAGAAACUCAUGUGAAGUUGAUGUUGCUGAAGAGGUAGAAGAAGCACUCUAAAACUUGGCUCCAUACUCUUCAUAAAAUGUUUUCAGAUUCUUUUUAACAACUUCAACUUUUUUCCCAACAGUUUCCGGAUCCACUUUAUCAUAAGAUGUUCUCGGAUCCAGCUAUAUCAUAAAAAUUCAACAGCGCUACAAGUUAAGUUGAUAAAUAAUCAGCUAAAAGGCAAUCAUCCCUCUAUAUGGUUUCACAUUAUCUAUGCAUGACCUAUUUAACUUGUAAUAAUAAUGAUUGUUAAUAUUAUAUAGGUCAAACAAAGACUCAAAGUAUCUAAAGAAAGGAAAAUAAUUUAACAUAGUGAUAUGUGUUUCUACUUAGAAACAAAUAAAAUCUUAAUCAAGUAAAUAACUGACGAGUAACAAGUUUGAGACUAGAAACUCGAGAUACUACUUCAGACAAGAACAAAUAAAUUAACUGUAAAUGACAUUUCUACUUAGCUUUCAAAGAAUCAAACUACCAACCAAAAAUUGAGAGGACUUUAAAUAAACCAAAGUGGCAACAGACGAGACUCACACAGUGUAAUGAUAUUCGGGGCUUCCAGAAUCGAGUUCAGGGAGGAAGAGGGUACAGCUCCUGAUGGCGAGUUGAACUCGCAGUUUUCAAUUCGAGUUUGACGACGCAUAUUAGAGGGGGAUACUUCACAUCGUAAGUUUUUUGGUACUCUUAAAUUUUCUCAAUUUGCAUUCAUCUAUCGUUGCAUAUCGGAAUCUGGUUUUAAAGUAAAGUAAUUAGAAGUUUGAAUUUUUCUUUUUAUAAGAAAAUGUUAAUUAUAUUAUAUUUGCAAGUCAGUAGUUGACUGUAUAUGUAAAUAGAAUAGACUCGAUGAGGAUAACUAUGUGAACUUCUAUUGCUUUGUUUGAAUAAAUUUGUAAGUAAAAUAUACUACACAUAUUGGUAAAUAUAGUAGUACAUAUAUUUAUCUGCAUAGUAUAUAAAUGUUAUAGUGCUGGACGGUGAUGUUGUAUAUAAAUGAAAUAGUACAUAUGUCUGCCCGCAUAGUAUAUAAAGUGUUAUGUUAAUAAUAUGGUAUGUGUUAUGGAAGUGGUUUUCAGUUUAAUGCUAAUGUGAUUUAUGAACCUAAUCGGGUUAUGAAUGCUACAUAAUUGAUAAUCAUAAUCUGAUAGAUAUUGUUCUGCAGCUCUGGUGGUGAGGACUAACCACACUAAGCCGGUGAGUUUGUGUUAGCGUGUCAGAAAAGAAGAGAAGAUGUAAACGAUGACUCGUCAACUAUACUAUAUCCAGUGAAAAAAAUUAUAGAAUAGUAUAUGUUCUUCGCCGUGUUUAUUAGAAUAUAUUUGUAGUUUGUAUCUUAUUUAUUAUCAUUGUUUCAAAUUUGUAAAAAGUUGUAAUUUAAAAUGAAAUAAAGCUAACCAUUAAUAUUUUAAUUGGUCAGGUUAUUCGAAAAAUGGUUUGAUCCCGUUGAACGGUAACGAGUUAAUAAUUAUUUCAACCACUAUCGGAAAGAGUUGAUAAUGACACCGUCUUCUUCUCCACCUUGCUAUGCAUAGUCUCUUCACCUAUUUUAAUGGUGCAAUGUAAUACUGUUUUGUUAUAUUCUAUUUGACUAAUGUAGAAUAAAAUACGAUUUUACAGUGAGUAAAUAUAUAUCAAUGAUACAACGUCCAAAACAUAAUAUAUACUUAUGACACUGUCCUCUUCUUUUUUUUUUCACUGAUGUUAUUAACAAAAACAAAGUCAACAAACAUGUCCAACAAAAACCAAACAAACAAAACAGCUAAGGGCACAACACAAGGCCCAAAUAGCAUAAGAGCCAAAAAAGCCCAACUAUUAGAUACAACUUGCGGCCGUAAGCACAGUAAGUAGAAACCGUUGAGGAAAGAUGAUUAGUCAUCCACCACGUGUUCAUGAUCCACGCGUCAAGAUAACCAAUCACCGUCUUCCUCCGGAGCCAGCAACGAGGCACGACGGAGCUCCACCAACAGGAGAGACAAGCCGGUGAAAAGCCGCUCAAACAGAGAAACUCUCACCAAUAUCAAAGUCGCUAAGCCUAGACUGACGGAUCAAACGUUUCAGAGAGGAGAAAUCAACCGUCUUCAAUCGAGCCAAUCAACAUCGAUUUUCCUGAAUUAACGAUCAGACAUCCUUGUUGAUACGAACAAGCUUGAGGAUGAAACAACCCAGCCGAAGGGAAAGAAAGAGACAUCGGACGAUUAGCUCAAGAGUCGGAUGAGCGAAAGAAACACAUGAAACGCCGAUCAAACACAAACCCGGAGAAAAGACUCCGGAAGAGAGCCGGCGAAGUAAAUACUAUAGAAGCUAUCACUCCCCGGAGACAAAAACUGGCGAAGCCGGUGAUAGCGAGCAACCGCUUCCCAGAGUCAGAGCCCAAAGGUCGGGACUUUGUACCGGACUAAACUCCGGCGAACUAACACAAAGAUCACUCUCUCUGAAAAAGAAACUAAAGAAAAAGAAAAGAAAGCAUCAAAACCAAAGAUAUCUCCUUCCUCUGAAAGAUUUUUUUGGAGAUAAGAGGAAGAGAGAAUAGCUACACCGUCCUCUUCUACAUUCGUCAAAUAGAAUAUAACAAAACAAUAUGAUACAAUUCCAAAACAUAAUAUAUACUUAUUGUUUUCUAGUCCUUGGUCUAGAAAACCUUUAGGAACAGACCAAUAAACAAAAAAAAAAACGUUAUGUUAUGUCAAAAUCAAUAACACUUACCUAACUUAUAUUCUAUAUAUAGCUAUUAUGCAACUAAACCCCUUUAUAAUUCCUAUCUAUGAUGUAACAUGUGCUUUGUUUCCAAUAAUUUCAUACAGUCCAAGCUUCUGAGUCUUUUACUCGAGGCCACCAAGUUAACGUUUCUACUCAUUUUUAAAAGUCAAUCAAAAGUAUGAAAGCACAAUACCACUACCAACAAUUGAAAAGCCAAAUAAAACAAGGCUAUAAAAUCCCUCGAAUUGUCACAAAAAGAAAAUUUCAAAAGCAGAAAAAAAAAA